UACUCUUUAUUUAUUUCGAGUAUCUGCUCAUUCAUUCUCUUGCAAUAUACUCUUUAAAUUUUAUUACCACCACCACCAGCAAUACGCACAAACACACGCACACGAUCAUGACCAUAUUGAAGAAGGGCGAGCUAUCGCAGCUGCUUGUCGGCAGCACCAAGGGCGAGACAGUCAUCAGCAGCGCGCUCGACGAUCUGUUUAAAAACGCACCCCCGCAGGUGCCCGUGAAGGUUGUUGCUUCGAAGCCCGAGCCCAAGGCCUCGGGCAGCGCAGACACCGAUAAGGCCGCCGAAAAGAUCUCAAAGCUGAAGAUUGGAUCCAAGAGAGCCAGAAACGGCAAGGAUGAACCCGAGCAGGAGGAGACUGAGGUUGAGACCGCAGAUCGUGAGGAGCGCGAGGCCAAGGCCAAGCGUGCUCGCCGCGUCGGCCACGGUCUGGACAAGGACCUUGAGGAUGAGGAGGAAGAGGAGGCCCAGGUCAAGAAGCCCAAGAAGAACCUUCUUGGCCGCAUGCCCCAGGACUCUGUGACCCUCAAGCGUACUAUUUUCAUUGGCAACAUCACCAUUGAGUGCAUCACAGAUGGCAAGGUCUACAGUCAGCUUAAGGCGCUGUGCGUAAAGUACGGCAAGAUCAAGGCCAUCCGCUUCAGAUCCAUUGCCUUCUCUGAGAUCCUGCCGCGCAAGGUUGCCUUUAUCCAGGGCAAGUUCCACUCGGCGCGUCAGUCGUGCAAUGCCUACGUGGAGUACACCUCUGAGGAAUCCGCCACCAAGGCCCUCGAGCUCAACGGAACCGUCUUCCAAGAGAAGCACCUCCGGAUAGAUCUGGCCAGCAACGCCAAGGCCCACGACUCGAAGCGGUCGAUUUUUGUCGGCAACUUGGAUUUUGCCGCUCAGGAGGAGGAGCUGUGGACACAUUUCGGCACCUGCGGAACCGUUGAGAACGUGCGCAUCAUCCGCGACGCUCGGACCAACAUUGGAAAGGGCUUUGGCUACGUGCAAUUCGACGACCGGGCAGCGGUCGCAUUGGCACUGAAGCUCAAUGGCACAGAGAUCAACUCGCGCAAGCUGCGUGUGGAGCGCGGCAGUGAUAAGGUUUCCAAGGAGAAGAAGGGCGGAAGACGCGAGCACAGCGCUGAUGAGUCGGUCACUUCGGUUCUCGAGGGAACUCGCUCGGUGAAGGGUGAUAAGCCGUCGAACAAGAAGCGCCGUACGGCGCGGAGCCAGGGCUUUGCUGAGAAGAAAAUAAACUUUGCUAAGGCACCCGAGUCGUCUGGAAGGCGCUCGUCAGAUACUGGAGGCCGUGGUGGAUUCCGUGGUGGUUCGCGUGGCGGCGCUCGUGGUGGCUCUCGCGGCGGACGUGGUGGCUCCCGUGGAGGCUCCCGUGGCAGCUCCAGUGGUGGACGUGGUGGAUCUCGUGGUGGCCGCGGUGGAUCCCAUGGUGGGCGCAGCUGAAGCGUGGUGAUUUGAUUUACUUUUUUAUCAUUUUUGCCAUUCAAAUACUCAAUAUUCCUUAUUCACCUUCCAAAAAAUAUUUUUAAGCAAAAAACAUGA